UAACCCGUCUUCGCACACGAACAUCCUCAAUUACUCUCUGCUUGACGAGUUAAGCCUCUUACACUAAUGCACUCGUUGCUGAGCGAGCACAGGAUGGCAACCUCCUCAAGAAUAUACAGAGAUCUAAUCAGCCAUUACACAUGACGAUGGCUAUAAUGACCAGGCUGAAACAUUACAGAGAAAUAAAUAUAGAAUAGAGUGCUUGGGUUUUGUGGAUCUUAGUAGGCCUACAGAAUGUCCAGAGACAUUGUGGGAACGUGGGAUGUGUCGCUGAGUGACGGGUUUUACCGAAUUGAGUUUGAACAUGGAACAACAACAGGAAAACGGGUAAUUUACAUAAAUGGGAAGGAGGUGUUUAGGAGGGAUUGGCUGUUCAAACUGGUGGGCACAGAAACAUUCCCUGUUGGGAAUACAAAUACAAAAGCAACCAUACAUAUUGAGGCGGUCACUGGGUUUUCCUAUGAGUACACACUGGAGAUCAACGGAAAAAGUCUCAAAACGUUUUUGGACAACCGAUCAAAGAUUUCCAAAACAUGGGUGCUGAAACUGGAUGAUGCUGAUUACAGGAUAGUUCUAGAGAAAGAUACUAUGGAUGUAUGGUGCAAUGGACAGAAAAUGGAGACCAUGGGGGAGUUUACCGAGAAUGGAACGGAGACACACUUUGCAGUGGGGAACCGUGAAUGCUGCAUAAAAGCAACAACUAGUGGAAGGAAACGGAAUGGAAUAGUUCAUUCCCUAUUGGUGGAUGGAAUCAGAAUAGAAGAGGCCAUUGAGUAAAAUGGAGGCUAAUAGAAUUCAGAUGUGUCAGACAUUUACCAACAGUGUAUCAGAAUUAGAUACAGAUGGCACUGAAAAGUUUUUUUUUCUUUUUUUCUGUUCAAUAAAUCCAGUAUGUUUGCA